UCAUUCAUAUCGUUCUGUCACAUGAAAUCUUGUCGGCCGAAACUUCACCAGCAGUGAAAAAUCAAUUCAAUCAUCCAUUCGCUAAUAUUAUCCAACUACAAUGGCAGCAGUAGCAAAAUUAUCAGUUCUCGUCAACAAUUUGGUUGUGGCAUCACGCCCAAAAUUGAAAGUGGCCGCUAAAUAUGCUAUGGCUGAAAUGACACCACCAAAAGUCAGCGACAUUCCUGCCAUCAGCUCAGGACUUGGUAAAUUGGUUUCGGGAGCCAAGAGCGGUGCAUGGAAGAAUACCACUGUACGUGAAGCUUUUUUGAACACUUUGGUCACCAUUGAAGUGUUGUGCUGGUUUUUUGUCGGCGAAUGCAUUGGCAAACGUCAUUUUGUCGGUUAUGAUGUCUAAACAUAAUCACAGCGUAAAUCCCGUAACUUUUUAUUUGCACGUAGAAUCCAAAUCAACUGAAAAAAGCUCUUUAGCUAUGUAUAAUAUGUGGGCCAAACAAUUUGUUGGAUACACAAUUAAACUGUAAAAUAUCUCUAAUUUUCAAAAUAACACCGAAAGAGAUUCAAUUCAAAAGAGAAAAAAAAAUAAAGAAAUUCAUU